AUGAACACAUUUAAGACGAGGGUUUUUGGCAAAGUGGAACGAAAGCUUAGCGGAUCGCUGCAUUUCGUCUCUGUUCGCCCGGUUUUUGAAGUUUGGCCACUUCUAUUCCUUGUGCGAGUAAUGAGCACCUCCAGCUUGGAUGGUUCUAAUUUGGCGAGGGAGGAUACGAUUGAGGAGGAUGACGAAGAAUUGAUGCUGCGUGAGAUUUUCCGCUUCCUCGAUCGGGACAGUGGAGGUACAGUGAGCGGACAAGAACUGAGCUCCCUUAUUCGACUGGUCAGUUCGAAUUACACGGAACAUCAGAUCAAACUGUUAAUGAACAAAGCGGAUAUGAAUGGUGAUGGUGAGAUGUGUUUUGAGGAAUUUGUUCGCCUGCUCUCCAGUGAGCCUACCGAUGCCCAACAAGAGACAUCUGCCACUCGUGAAGCAUUUGAAGUGUUUGAUGCAAUUGUCUGA